CCACACCACCAGUGCACCAGAGGCAAUCGCGGACAAAUGAUUACAAUAGUUAUCUGGCCGCUACCCUCCAGACAGCUCGCGUCGGAUCCGUCCACGAUAUUUGCUAAGAUAGCGCAAGUAUUAUAAAUUUCAACACAUCAAGAUUUCACGCUUAUUCGAGCCAAGGAUUCGCUUUGCAGUCAUCGAUUCGAGUGCCUGCAAAAAGAUGUGGUCUCAUAAGAUGGCCACGUGUGCUGCAUUGCUAUGUAUCUUCGGUGCGAUCAUGGUAACUUGUCUAGCCACUCACCCUGAUGUUAGCCCUGAAGAGAUCAACGAAGAAGUACGGAAUCUUCAACAGGACCGGGAAAAUAUAAUCACAAAAGAAGCUCUCAUAGGACCGUUCACGGAGAAGGAAAUUACACAACCUUUAGUAGUCGUAACCGCUAUACAAGCAGAUCAACAUAUUACUCCCGAUCCGAUAGAAAUAGAAGCAAGAUUGGCCAAACUGCAUACCUCUUUGGAAGUCUUACAAAACCAGCAACUGGAGGCUCAGGCGGACUUGGAGGCGAAGCAGCAGCAGUUGCUCAUAGCCCAGAAGACAUCUAAAGAUACUCACAGUACCGCCGAGGAGGCACUAGAUCAGCUUUCCAGCCUGACAAUAGCUUUGCAUGAUUCUCUCGAUGUUUUCCGCCACGCUGAAGAGUCUUCCAAGGUAGCCGCGGAUAAGCUGGAAAGGCAAAAAGCCCAGACGGAAAGAGCGAGAUCUUGGUUUAAGUCCAUGGAGUUGCAAUUGCAAGAAAUCACGGCUGACUACCAAGCGACAAAGGAGGCAGCCGAAAUCGCAGAGAAAUCUGCAGCCGAGGCUGAACACUUUGCCUCCAGUAAUAUCAGCGGCGAUGCAGAAAAGGUGAUUCAUUAGUUCGCGAAAGCAAACCAGCUUUUGUGUUCGGCUCAUUUGAGUGGAAUUCAUCAUAAAUUUUUAUCCAAUAUUUAUUGUACGUGGAGCAUACACGCGCUUUUAUUACUCGAUUAGUUUUACUAUUUAUCUUUUAUUCAAGUUUAGUGGACAUUCGUUGCACUUUCAUUCGAAACUUUCAUUUGAAUAUAAAUAUCGAUUGUUGAA